AUGAGUAUACUACGAGGGUACACAUCAGAUAGCGACGAGGAUGAAGCAGCUCCAAAUGCACAUGAAAACGCUGCUGUAACACUGGGGCAGGAGCCACCAACUAAGAAGCUAAAGAGUGACACCACUUCCAUCACUCCCUUAUCCCAACUUUCAGCUCAACACGAGCAAGAGCAAGCCGAGAUUAAGCUCGCCAAAGCCAAAGCUAAACAAUUGAAAGCACAAAGAAGAGACCAGGGACACGAUCCAUGGGCAUCAUACACCGACGAACUGCAAUCUACUCAUCCACCACCCGCGCACACCCCUCGACAGCCGCAAUCACUAGCUAAAAACAACAAGAACACCAACGCCGACGACGAUGACGAUGACGAUAUCUUUAGGCCCACGUCGGAAUUCGUCGGCUCGCAAGAAAUAGACUACCAAGGCAGAUCAUUCACCACCACCCCGCAGGACCUCAAGGACCUCGUCCCUGGCGCGCAGGAAUGCUUCACCCCCAAGACCAUCAUCCACACAUUCACACGAGCCCACCAACAUGGAGUCAACAAACUCUGCUUCUUCCCCCGUCUGGGUCACCUUCUUUUAUCAUGCGGCAACGACGGCUCGAUCAAGCUCUGGAGCACACAUAACGGCUUCGAGCUCAUGCGGAUAUACAAGGGCCACAAGCUCGCGGUCCGCGACAUCAGCUUCAACUCCACCGGCACCAAGUUCCUCAGCUGCGGAUACGACAAAUUGAUCCGGUUAUGGGAUACCCACUCUGGUAAAGUUGAACGCACACUUGAGCUCACCUCCAUCCCGCACGUUCUAACCUUCCACCCCCAACUUGAUUCCGAAUUCGUCGUUGGAUUAUCCAACCAUAAGAUCCUCCAUUACGACUUCACCGCGAUGAACUUCCGGUCGCCAGUGCAAGUAUACGACCACCACGUAGGCGCAAUCAACGCGCUCAUGCCGAUGGAUUCCGGGUUCGUCUCGACGGCAGAUGAUAAGACGGUGCGCGUGUGGAGGUGGCGCAUCAACAACCCCAUCAAGACCAUCUCGGACGCAGCGCUCUUCUCGAUGCCGGCGCUCAAGCACCACCCCAAACUGAGCUACAUCGCGUUGCAGAGCAUGGAUAACCGGAUCAAGGUCGUGAGCGCACGGGGCAAGUUCAAGUGGAAUAAGAAUAAGGUUUACGUGGGGCAUCAUUGUGCUGGAUAUGGGAUCGAUAUCGACUUUUCGCCUGAUGGCAAGAUUAUCAUGAGCGGGGAUUCGAAGGGGUAUGCUUACUUUUGGGAUUGGCAGAGCAAGAAGUUGGUGAAUCGGAUCAAGUUGGCGACGCAACCGAUCAAGACCAUCACGAGUCAUCCUUUAGAAAGUAGUAAAGUUGCCGUUGCGGGAAACUCGGGCGACAUCUACUACUUGGAUUGA